ACUUUAAACAAAGCUUCUAUUCUCUUCAAAGAGAACACCUUUAUUCCCCCUCGAAAAUAAAAUGAAAAAUUUUUCAGUCCAUUAUUGGGGGUCCUCCCAAAUGCAUAAGAAAAUUGGCCCCUGAAUUUGCCCCUGCGGCUGCAAUGCAAAUUCCCCCGUACUCUUUUAUUUCCUUAUUCUUCGACGUGCACCCCUUCAGCAAGUUGCCUAUUUGCAGGACAGUUUGGGCCGCGAUAUUACGAAUAUGCCCCUGCACUGCGUUCCUAUCUACAAUCCGCCCUUUCGUCCAAAAGCUAAAAGUUGAUUCAACAUGACGCUUGCAUUUAUGAGCAAUUGCCGCAUAUGAUUUUCCCUGCUCUAUUUCCUUGCCUUUCAAUUGUUUUCACUUUUACAUCGUCAGACAAAGAAGGGUAUUUUGGUAAUCUCGUCGGAUAUGUAUAUAUAUGUGCCUAGAGGACGUAUCCACGCACAUGUAUUUCGUCUGUGAACCGAACGGAAAAAGCCAAAUAAUCGAUCGCUGAGAGGCUGAGUUUUUAAAUCAACCGCCGCCGUGAAGAACUGACGCCGCCGAUUGGGAUCUGAUAAAUCGAACCCAAAAUUCCAUUGCCUUCCUACUCGAACUUUAGGUCACUCUUGUCUCUCCGGUGGAAUCGUAAAAAGCUCUCUUAAUUUAAUCUUUGUUGAAAAUGCCUUCGGAACCUACCGUGUCCUCCGUUCUAAUAGACCGAAUCAACGGCUCCGAUUCAAUCACCGCCGCAAUCCAUUGCCGGAAAGAGGCUCCGAAAUGGUUCCCGGUGACGGAAUCCGUGGCAGUUUACCACACGCACGCGGUGGGGCCCACCCAGACCUGCUCCGCCGUGGUCCAAGAGAUCGCCGCCCCAGUUUCCACCGUCUGGUCGGUCGUCCGGCGGUUCGACAACCCACAGGCCUACAAGCACUUCGUCAAGAGCUGCCACGUGGUCGGCGGAGACGGCGACGUCGGAACGCUCCGGGAGGUCCACGUCGUCUCCGGCCUUCCGGCCGCCUGCAGCACCGAGCGCCUCGAGAUUCUCGACGACGAACAGCACAUCCUGAGCUUCAGCAUGAUCGGCGGCGACCACCGCCUCGCCAACUACCGAUCCGUCACCACGCUCCACCCGUCACCGGCCGACGGCGGAAACAGAACCGUCGUCGUGGAAUCUUUUGUCGUCGAUACGCCGCCGGGAAAUACCAAAGAAGAGACCACCGUGUUUGUCGACACCAUUGUCCGCUGCAAUCUCCAAUCGCUGGCUCAACUCGCCGAGAAUUUGAACAGACGCAAUCAACCUCCGCCUUAAUCAAUUUGGUUUCAUGAGAUUGUUGAGGGCAGAGGACACAGGGUUUGCGUUGGCCGGAGGAGUGUGGGCGGAGACGGCAACACUGUAGCCUGUAGGAUUUUUCAGACGCGUCAGAGAGAGAGAGAUUAAAAGCGAAGGGGAAAAAAGAAGGAAAUUUUGAGCUAUUGGUUAAAACUUAAAAAUAGGGAGAUGGGUGGGGCCCAGGUAAGAUUAUUUAAUUGUUAUGAAUAAUGGGAAAUUUUUUCCCACGUGAAACGGCCGGAAUUUAGCGGCUGUCACGACUCGGGACGACGUCGUUGUACACUGUAGAGAUACAUACAUAGCAUAGAGAAGGCCUGCAAAUCUGACUCGACAACUCAUUCCCCUCGUACGUGUACUGAUCUCUGAGAUGAACCCUUUUUCCACUUUUUCACCCGUAAAACACCAAAAUAAUUGAACUGCGUUUGUUUGUGGUAAUUAAAUUAUUCAGUCAAAGGUGGACUGAAUUGAAGUAAAUUUUAGAUGGCGUGUUAAAGGAAACGUGCAACUUGGUUAAUGGGAAUGGUUGUGAGUUGUGAGUUGUGAGUUGUGUGUUGAGAUAGGCAAGUUGAAGUUGUGGUGUGGGAAGAGGGAGGAGCAAGUGGGGAGCUGCUUUUAAUGUCUACAUCCAUUCUAGUCUUGUCUGCUUUUCGAUGCCUUCACGCCACCCUUUUUCCCCUCUCCCUUCAUUUUCACCACUUUUUUGGGCCGUCUGGACCUUUCUCUCUCGGGCCUGCAGGCCCACGUCAUUUUUUAAAUAAAUUCUUCCGAAUUUAAUCACCUAAAAAAUUGUAUGAUAGGAACUUAGGAAGUUCUUUUUUUGAGGU